GCGCGGCCUCUGAUUGGCCGGGCGCCGGGGUCAGCCCUGGCCCGGUGACCCCGGAGUGAGGAGCGGAGGUGGCUGCUACUCAGUCAGUCAGUCAGUCAGUGCAAAGUGUCUCCCUUCCCGUUGCCUUCCCUCGGCGGUCUCCCCGCUUGACUCUGCCCGCCGCACCGGGCGCCCCGUCCCCUUCCCCCUCCUUCCCGGCAGCCGGAAGGGAAGCGCCCGGGGUGCCGCGGUUGGGCCGGGCCCUGAAACGGAGAGAGAGCGCGCGCGAGAGGCGGAAAGACAGACAGGCUCAUGCUGCUGCAGAAGAAAUUAACAAACUCUGAAUCCAAAACAAAAAUCAAGAAGCAAAAAUGUAAUAGAAGAACCCAGUAUCCAGGAGAAACCAUUUGCUUGCUGUAUUAUGCCUGCAGACAAAGUAAUGUACAAUGAAGAUGGAAAACACAACUUACAAAAACUGACUUUUGCUUAUAAGGUGACCAGUGAAACUUCAUGACCCUUCUUUAGGAGGCAGAUUCUGCGAGGAUGUUACAUCACCAUUGCCGGAGGAACCCUGAGCUACAGGAAGAGUUGCAGAUUCAGGCAGCGGUGGCUGCUGGGGAUGUUCACACUGUGCGCAAAAUGUUAGAGCAGGGGUACUCUCCAAAUGGCCGAGAUGCUAAUGGCUGGACCUUGCUCCAUUUUUCAGCAGCAAGAGGGAAAGAAAGAUGUGUUCGUGUAUUUCUUGAACAUGGAGCGGAUCCUACAGUGAAAGACUUAAUUGGUGGCUUCACUGCUCUACAUUAUGCAGCUAUGCAUGGCCGAGCCCGGAUUGCACGCCUGAUGCUGGAAUCAGACUAUCGUGUUGAUAUUAUUAAUGCAAAGAGUAACGACGGUUGGACUCCCCUGCAUGUGGCAGCUCAUUAUGGAAGAGAUUCCUUUGUCCGACUCUUGCUGGAGUUCAAGGCUGAAGUUGAUCCACUUAGUGACAAAGGUACUACACCACUUCAGCUUGCCAUUAUUCGUGAACGAUCCAGCUGUGUCAAAAUUCUCCUAGAUCACAAUGCCAACAUUGACAUUCAGAAUGGCUUUCUGUUACGCUAUGCUGUGAUCAAAAGCAAUCACACUUACUGCCGGAUGUUCCUUCAGAGAGGAGCGGAUACGAACUUGGGGCGCUUAGAAGAUGGACAGACACCAUUGCAUUUGUCUGCUCUUAGGGAUGAUGUACUCUGUGCGCAGAUGUUAUACAAUUACGGUGCAGAUACUAACACAAGGAACUAUGAAGGACAGACUCCGUUGGCGGUUUCAAUAAGUAUAUCUGGAAGUAGCCGACCUUGUUUGGAUUUCUUACAGGAAGUAACAAGGCAGCCUCGGAACUUGCAAGAUCUCUGUCGAAUUAGAAUCCGCCAGUGUAUAGGCCUUCAAAACCUCAGACUUCUUGAUGAACUACCGAUUGCCAAGGUCAUGAAAGACUACUUAAAACACAAAUUUGAUGAUAUCUGACAAUUUGCAAGAGUUGGACAAUAAGCAGGAUUAGUUUGUAUUCCAGAUACCUUUCAAAGGCUGGUCACCUUGCACAACGUAUAUCCUAUGCAAUUUCUGAUUUUUUGUUUUUUCCGAGAAGUCAGAAGGCAGGUAUACAGUUCCUUUUUUUUUUUUUUUUUUUUUUUGGGGGGGGGGGGACGGACGCUGUUUUAUACCAAAUGCUAGGAGGUCUUAAUUUUUUGAAUUCUUGGUCCAAGUUUACAAGAUUCAAGCUUUCUAUACAACGUGACAAUUGUGGGAUUGGGUUUUAUUUUGCAGGGGGCAUUUUUUAGCAUUGCUUUUAAGAAUGAAGAAGGAACAUUGCUUGUUCAAAGGAAGUCUUCCCCAUCCCUAUAUAGCAUGUAUAAUACUGUGAGAGUGCUGAAUGAAUGCUAAACCAAAUAAGGGUGAGGCUUAAGAGAGCAAUCUAUCUGAUACUGCUAUUGUCAGUGUUUCUCAACUUCAGCAACUUUAAGAUGUGUGGACUCCACUCC